AACCCAACUUUUUUGUGUAUAUGAAACCGGACAGGAAAAACAAGCUCCUCGUUUAUUUUGUGAGAAAACUUCUAAAAAGGGUGGAAAAUGCCAAUAGAUUACCGUAGAAACAAUGGGCCAGAAUCAUCAGUGUCUUAUCAGCUACACACAAACACCUACCUUCUGAACUAUGAGGGAAAAUUGAAAAUUCUACUUGGAGAAGGCAACUCCCGGAAGGAUGGAAGGAAAUUAAAUGAGUCCCGGAAAAUUUUUGUCAAAAGCGGUAUCGUGAGCCAGGCCAAAGGAUCAGCUUACAUUGAAAUAGGAGCAACAAAAGUCAUCGUGUCCGUAUUUGAUCCCAGAGAAAUUCCCAAGCAGAGUAAAUACUCGAUUCAUGGGGAAUUAUACUGUGAUUUCAAGUAUUCACCCUUUUCUUGUUUUCACCGUAAAUCCCAGCAGACAGACAAUGAGGAGAAAAGUCUGGCUCAGGCUCUCAAAAGAGCUCUCGAACCGGCUAUUUGCCGGCACGAAUUUCCAAAUUUCCAGGUAGAUAUCUUUGCAAAUGUCCUAGAGGAUGAUGGAUCAGCACUUGCAGCGGCAAUAACUGCUUCCGGAUUGGCUGUAGCUGAUGCAGGAAUUCCAAUGUUUGAUGUUCUCACAGCCACAAAUGUUGGAAUCCUUGAAGAUAAAAUUCUCAUGGAUCCAACGCGACAAGAGGAGGAAUUGAGUCUGUCAACAUGCUGUCCAGGAGAACAUGGGAUCAUCACACUUGCCAGAAUGGCAACGCAUGAGCAAAUCUCUGAGAUCUGGCAAACAGGAAAUCUCAAAAUGAAGACUCUCCAGGAAGCAAUAGAUCACCUUGUUCAAGCUAACAAAACCGUCGUUCCCAUUAUUCAGCAAAAUCUGAUUGAGCGUGUAAACAAAUUUAUUGAAGAAAAAUCAUCUGACAAUCCCUUAUCCUAA